AUGGCCGUUCAGUGGGGCAUCAUCGGUUACGUCGGUGUAAUGCACAACGUGAAAUGCGGCGAUGUGGACUACGCCGGUUAUGCCCCUCAGCGUAUUAGCUCGUGCCUGGCGGUGCUCGACAUGUUCCUCAACCAGAGGCAUCCCGUCGUCACGAGCUUCGUCAAGUCGGAGACGUCAUCCGGGUUGGAUGAGAAGAGUCCAAAGGCCCGUGACCUUGUGGAGACCAUCGCCAAUAUAUUUGGUGUGAACGACGCGUCGAGCCUCGACCCGAACACAAGCCUCGGCGAUCUGGGCAUGGACUCACUGAUGGGCGUCGAGGUGCAGCAGACCCUGGAGCGAGACUACGACUUCGUGCUGUCUAUUCCGGAGAUCCGGCAGCUCACCGUCAGCGAGCUUCGAGAGAUGAACAACAGAAGUGAUGGAGGAAGCAAGCAGCAGUCCGGAAGCAGCACCGCGGCGUCACAAAUGACGGACCACGAGCCAGAGGAUCAAAGAAGUUCAGCCCAAAGGCCCCUAUAACCUGGUAGGGUAUUCCUUCGGGGCCACUGUGGCCUUCG